ACCUGGGCCGAACUAACGUGAAAACAUUGGAAGGGCUACUCUGUUGGGUUGGGCUGCUGUUUCUGUGAGCACGGGGAGAAGUAUAAUCGAUCCGGGGGUCGGGAUUCCGUGAGGAUUCGUGUUUUAACUGUGUGAACAACUUUCGGAGGGACGGGGCGAUAUAUCGCCUGCAGUUGCCAGUUUCAAAAUGAGUGGUGGACAGGUGCUGUGUGUCCUGGUCCUAGUGGUGACCCUGACCAGUGGUCAGAACCUGGAGAGAGAGACAUGUGAUGCUACGCGUCGUGAAGUAGACGUCCAGAUGACCAAUGCCAAUGCCAUUAUAGGUGGACUGUUUGAGGUGCGGAGUCCAACCAUGGGAGGAUACGCCUGUGGUCAGCCUCACAAAGAACUGAUCCAGGUGUAUGAAGCAGCCAGAUGGGCAUUGAAGAAAGUCAACGACAUGAACUACGUCCCUGGUAUCAGAAUCGGAAUGAAGGCAUAUGAUACAUGUUUUUCCCAAAUGAUGGCUGUGAACGCGGUGAACAGAUUUUACCCACAAAUCUCCAGUGCUUCUACUUCCUGUACCACGGGAAACACAAUCAAUUUAGGCAUGCUCGGACCACUGUCCAGUUGGACCUCCAAGCCAGUAGCGGAACUGACCGCCAAGAUUCCAGCCUCUGUCUUGUCUCCGCGGGCAAUGUCCACCAAAUUGAGUGACAAGAUACACUAUCCCUACUUCAUGAGGACCUCUCCUACAUCCACCUCCCUGGCAGAGGCUAUGCUUGCUGCCCUGGAAAGGUUGUCGUGGAAGAAGGUGGUAGUGGUGUAUUCCGACAGCGUCUUUGGAAUGGACAGCUACGAUACCUUCAUGCGCAUGGCAUUAAAAAAAUCCAUCUGUAUUGCCAAGGCGAUUUCCGUCCCAGCCUCUGGGUCAGUAACAGACAUUCAACAGCGAUUGGGUGGCAUUUCAAACUACGAUGUCAGUGCUGGAGUAUUUUUUGGCUCCGCUGAUUUUUCCCUGAAGUUUUUCAAUGCUCUGCAAGGUGUAGCUAACAGUGGACAAAUGCAGUGGAUGUUGACCGAUAUGAACCUAAUGGAAAACUAUGCAUCAACGAUGGCCAGGGGAGCCAUUCUUGUAGGACGGAAAACAGUGGCUGUUACAGAGUUUAGCGAUUAUUUCCUUGGCCUUGACGAGAACAAUCCGCCUUCGGAGAACCCCUGGUACAAGGACUGGUAUAUGACUACGUAUAACUGUCGUCUGAGUGGCGUCAACUAUGCGCCCUACAAUAGCCUAAAUCUGUGUCCUAGCCUCAGUUUAGCCCAAAAACGGGCUGCCUACAAGCAGGUACCAUUUGUAGAGACGACCGUUAAGGCGGUGUUUGCCUAUGCCUCCGCCCUGCGUGUGGCUCAGAAUGCCCGAUGUGGUUCAACCCCAACAUUCUGCUCAUCUCUACAAUCCCUCACUAGCAGCGAUUUCUUCAACUACCUGCGGGGCGUCAAUUUCCAGUUCUCCAGCUUGGAAGGUAUCCCAUCUCUUGUGGGACAGACGGUCAAUUUCGACAGAAAUGGAGACAGCUCUGUACAAGAUUUCAGUAUUUACAACUACAACAAGAAAAAUGGUGCUGGAUACUCCUUUGUUGAGGUGGGAAGUUACGUGUCUGGAGCCUUAACUCUCAACCUUCAGGAUAUUGAGCUGUACGAUGUAGCUAGAACUGCCGCCCUCCCCACCCUGCCCACCACCUCCUGCCCCGCCCCUGGGUGUAUGUACUGCGAGAUCCCUCGAGGCAUGGUAGAGUUUCUUUACCGUCCUGGCGAUGUUGUCAUCGCCGGCCUGAUCAACGGUCAUAGUGCAGGCAUGGAUCCACUUUCCUGCGGCCUGCCAAAUGAUAUUGGAAUGGCGGAAGCCGUUGCAUUCCAUUAUGCCAUCAACACAGCAAAGACUGCACUCCCCGGGGUCUUGAAUGGGGUCAGUCUGGGAGGGCUGAUAGCCGAUGUCUGCGGCCACCCCAAUAUAGGAAGGAUGUUUGUAAACAACAUUCUGGGCGGCCGUGAUAAUGUGGUGGACAGAAAUGGUCACAUGGUGGAUCCCCACUCGAUCAAGGCUGUGGUCGACGGUCAAUCUGACUUCUCACUCGGGUUAGGAUCAAAUAUCCUGCCAGAAAUCGGUACCGUGGCCAGUAGUGAAAUGUUCGCAGAUUACGAGGAGUUCCCUCUCUUCACACGAGCCAGUUCAGGAACAGACCAUCUAGCCGUAGCACUCCUAAAUCUUAUGUCAAAUUUGGGCUGGUCUUACGUGCAGACGGUCCAAUCUUCAGAUUAUGGCAUGGAACAGGCAGCAAAAUUCCGCGAAUAUACAGCCCUAGCGAAGGUGUGCGUGUCUGCCUCACACACCAUAACAAAGGAUACAACCUACGCCCAGGUGAUUGACAAGAUACAGGAGAGGCAAUCAGCCGCCGUCGUCAUUCUAUUUGUACAUCAGGCCGACGUCAGGGGUUUGUUGUCCAGUGCUAAAGCUAAAGGUCUUAUUGGUAAGCUAUUAUUCAUCGGAACAUCAAACUGGGGGAGUCGUCUCAGCUCUGUGUCUGGGAUGGAGGACAUGGCUCAUGGCAGCCUCAUUCUGGAGCCACAAGCAACACCCCUCUCUGGCUUCCGGACAUGGAUCAACACCCUAGAUCCCCGCUCAGAUGUCGAUGUCCCAGGCUUCAAAGAAUGGUAUCAGAAUGCCCACAACUGUUACAUAGAUGCAGAGGUCAGGGGAGACUAUCCAGCAGAAUGUGGCAACGGACUCAUCACAAAUGGUCUGAAAUACGAAAAUCCAUUCCAGUUAUCGUACAUGAUCGACUCCGUAUACGCCGUCACUAAGGCACUUGACGAGACUCUCAAGUACUUCUGUGGUGCCACCUAUACCGGAAUAUGCGUACAGUUCCGCUCCAACCCAGCAGCUAUGAGCAUGCUCAAUCACUACAUUCGUAACAUCUCGUUCACUGGAGAGUCGAACACACUUUUCAAGAUUCAGCACGGACAGGGCACAAAUGGAUUCAACAUUCUCAACUACAGACAGGGCAGUGGAUAUGCUAACGUUGGUAGCUAUAGUGUUAGAGAUGGCCUGUUUUCCCUGACUGCCGGUCAAAUCCAGUACCCCACAGGAGCUGGUUCAACCUUUGAGUCAAAGUGUCCAGGAAAUUGCAUGGAGUGCAGCUAUGUAUCGGCGACCUCUAACGCCAUGGUUUCUGUCCCAGGGGACAUCCAGAUCGGAGGAAUAUUCGGCGUUCGCUCAGUGUCGAUGAACGAUCCUUUCGCCUGUGGAUGGUUGAGUAGCACAAACGGUCCACAGUUUUUUUCAGCAGUGACCUACGCCCUUCAGCAGAUCAAUUCCAAAAUGGCACCUGUGAGUCUGAAUGGCGUUUCCUUAGGAACAAUGUUAUUUGAUCACUGUAAUGUCAGGGGCCGGUCACAAGACUUGGUGUCUAAUCUCUACGCUGGACUUCUGCCUGAGUCGCCUAACAGCCCAUAUUCGAAGAUGCUGAGUGCCAGGAAUGUCAAGGCUUGGAUCACGGACAGCACAGCGGCAGUCCUCGACAUGAAAGAUGCCGCCAUGACACUCAAUUUGCCACUUAUCAGUCCCUUUGCCUCCAGCGAACCCCUGAACAAUCAAGAAAUGUUUCCAACAUUCUUCAGAACUGUAGAAGGGGACGUCACUCUGUCGGUAUCCAUGGCAAAAUUAGUAAAAUUGAUGAACUUUAAAUUCCUUACUGUUGUCUAUUCUGAUUCUGAUUAUGGUCGAUCGGGACUGUCGACAUUCCAGACUGUUGCAUCUCAGGAAGGACUUUGUAUUCUACAGUCUUUCAUGGUGAGCAGUUCCUCCCCAGCUACGGACAUUGUCCAGAAUAUCGCAGUAAGCACGAGCCAAGUUGUUAUAAUGUGGACCGAUGCCGCGGACUCUACGGAAAUGUUUAGGGCGCGCAAAAACAAUGUGGCAGCUGCCAAUGUGCUGUAUGUGUUCCCAAUGCCAAUGAUGGGUAUCGCUGAACAGGAGGGCAGUGGCGGAAAAACCUUCAUGUUAAAUAUCAAAACUGGAAGUGUGGCAGGCUUUCUUAACUACAUGGCUUCUCUAAACACUCCGGAGGCGUUCAUUGACUACCCCUUCCUCAUGGAGUACUACAUGACCUUGUUCUCUUGUGACAUGCCAGGCACAUCAGUGUUCAAGGUUCCCUGUACAUUCCCACUGCGUCCAGUUACAGACAGCUCAGUCUUCUCCCAGGACAACUACGUGGUGCCAACCAUCAACGCGGUGUACGCUUUCACCGCAGGACUUGACGCUCUACUGAAGGACAAGUGUGGCCCCGAUUACGAUGGAAUGUGUACCGCGUUCAAGACCAUGGACGAUAUGAGUGAAGCCCUCAUGGAGAAGAUGGAGGGCAUAUCAUUCGUGGACCCCACAGGAAGUACCUUUCGAUUCUUGGACCGUGAGGGCAACACAGGACUCGACCUGUUCUUCUACGAUGGCGCAACUACAAAACUGGUUGGCGACAUUGCUGGAGCCUCGCUACAGAUUUCAGAUCCUACAGUGAAGGGCAAGGUCUCGAUGACGGCCUCAGCCUGCUUCUCCGACCCCUGUACAAUCUGUAUAAACAACAUCAACACCUUUAACUUUACCUACAAGGACGGCGAUAUCUUACUAGGAGGUAUCUUUGACGUCCAUGUCCGCGAUCUAACGCCCUUCUCCUGCGGCGACCUGAAGACUCUCCAUGGGUUCCAGCUCUUGGAGGCCUUCAACUACGCCAUAGACAAGGUCAACGACAAAUCGGGAAUGUUCGCGAAUGUUCUGAAGCAUGUUAAACUUGGAGGUUUUGCACUGGACUCGUGUGAAAGUGCAAUUCGCACAGGAUAUCUUGUUUCUAAUAUCCACAACGGCAUGACCAAACUUACCCACAAUGCACAGAAUGUGAACCCGGAGAACAUCAACAUGUAUAUUGGGGCCUACUCCAGUGACAGCUCUAUAUAUCUCGCCAGAAUUUUGAAAGCAUUGAAAGUUCCCCAAAUCAGCUACGCCUCGACCAGUACCCAGCUUCUGGACAAUGUAAGGUACCCGUAUUUCAUGCGCACUGUUCCGACAGACGAUAAACAGGUGGAGGGCAUCAUCAAGUUUCUUGACAAGUACAACCUGCGAUACGUCCAGGUGGUGUUUAAACGUGACAACUACGGGGAGUUAGCUACCGAGGCAUUCACAAGUAUGGCCGCUCAAUACAAGAUCUGCGUCUCAAACACCAUUGCAUUCCCUGACAAUGGGUCCGUUACUAGGGAAAGUGCCAACGAGGUUGUAACCUAUCUUCUGGAACAGCCGAAUGCAAACACUGUUGUUGUAUUCGCAAGCACCGAUUACAUUGCUGGUCUGGUACAAGGCAUCAGCAGGAAUCCUAAUUCCCAUGGACGAUUCCACUUUGUUGGAUCAGAAACCUGGGGCAACAAUAUGGAGGCGAUUGCUGGGAACGAAGAGUUGGUUCAAGGGGCAGUGACUCUCAAUUUAGAAUCGUCCGACAUUUCAGACUUUGACAUUUACCUUGGGUCUAAAUCUCCUGGUAACUAUCCAGAAAAUCCAUGGUUCCCAGAGUUUUACGAGGAAAUGUUGAACUGUUACCUUACCGUGCCUAACGGUGAUCAUAUCCGUCAGUGUACUAGUAUUUCCGAAAACAUCGUCGCUCAGCGAGACUACAUCCAGGAUCCGGGAAUUCUUCAUGUGAUUAAUUCCGUCUUUGCUGCAGCUUAUCUCAUUGAUAUGAGCUUGAAGGAAACUUGUGGUUCUAAUUACACGACAGUGUGCGAGAAAUACCAAAACAAUCAAGACCGCCAUGACCUGUUGAUGAGUCACAUGAAGGAUGUGAUGUUCAGUGAUCCGACUAAUUCUCAGUUCCAGUUCACUGACCGCCGCGAGGGAAACAAGGGCUACCAAAUCUACUCGCUCAACAAGAAGAUGAUAGCCUUUGAUGAGGGCUACUCGUAUGAUAAGAUUGGUACAUAUUCCUUUGAUGGUGAUCUGGACAUCAACCCUACUUACGUUCCGUCCUGGGACGGCAGCUGCGAUCGCCAGGAUUCCUGCACCGAGUGUCCCACUGUGAGAAAUACCAAGGCACGCGACAUGUGGCAGCCAGCAGCCAAUGACAAUGCUGCUACUAUCCUUAUGAUACAAAAUGGCCACUACCCCGGUUCAGACCCUUACAGAUGUGGGACACUCAAAAUCAGCGACUUGCAUGUUAGUCUGGCGUUUUUCUAUGCACUUGAGGAACUGACACCAAAACCAUACGACGUUCGUGGCGUUCUGAUCGAUUACUGCUCCAAUACUCUCAGGAUUGACCAGGACCUUUACAGUCUGUUAGCUACAGGAAAGUUCUGUAACACUGCUUUUGGGGCUAACGGUGUCGUCAACAAUUCCACCAUUGCUGGCAUAUUGACCACCUCCUCAACAUCAACAGUUGCAGCUAACCGGGUGGUGAAACCUCUCAGGAUACCUAUUGUCAGUAGUGUAGCAACGUCGGUGCUCUUGUCAGACCAAAAUAAUUUUCCUUACUUUUCACGUACAAUUCCCCCGGAUGAUUACCAGAUGAGAGUUAUUGCAAAGAUUCUGGCCCAAAAUGACUGGACAUAUGUCUCUGUUGUGUAUACGAAGGAACCUUAUGGCAUAUCAGGUCUCGAGCAGCUUCAGAAGAACACCAGGACUAACGGUGUUUGUGUCUCUAACUCUGUAGGGAUCGAUGUCUCGGCCAGCAUGGAGGAUGCUAAAGCAGCUGUUCAAGAACUUACAACGAAUGCCGGAGCCAAUGUCGUCGUUCUCCUCACCCUUUAUCCUGAUGUAGUUAUGGCCGCAGCUAAGGAGCUGAACUUGGUGGACCGAUUCGUGUGGAUUGGUACCGAUACGUGGGGACGAUCCGCCGAGAUCCCAGUGGGCAUUGAGAGUAAGCUUCACGGAUUGAUCACCAUUGACAUACGCAGUGCUGUUGUGCUUAACUUUAUAGAAUACAUGAAAAAAAUCACUUACACCAACCGUAAGAAUAUUCCUACCGAUUGGUUUGAGGAAUUUUACCAGGCGAUGCAUCAGUGUCAACUAACGGACGCUCUGUCACCUGCCACAAAGUUUACCAGCCUCUGUAACAAAGGGGAGGUAAUCACUAAUGACAUGGUUCUGUCCAGCAAUGCCUACAUCUUGCAUACCAUUGCUGCCACAUACUCUCUUGUUAAUGGGUUAAAUACUGUCCGCACUGGUGCCUGUGAUCUUGCUUCAACAUUUUCCGACUGUUUCUCCAAUGUGGAUAACUGGGACCGGUUACUCGCCGGAAUCCUUGGCACAGACUGGGAUAUGCAUAAUAACCUUAACCUUGAACCAGCCGAUACUUUUGACCUUCGUUUCAACAGCCAGCGUUUUGUUGAUACUGGCUACAAUAUCUACACAUUCAUGAAUGACGGAACAGGAUACAAGUACCAUCUGGUCGGAUCAUCCACAGGCAGUAUAGUAAACUUUGACGGUUACGACCACCAAAGAGGAGAAGGUUUCACAUCCAAAUGUCCACCUGGCGUCAUUUGUGACUGUGACCUUGUGAACACACCUCAAGCCUUAAUUUCAAACGAAACAGACACACGCUUCACAGAGCCACGAAACUACUUCUUCUACAAUGAGCGAACCAACGAUUUUGGACAGACAGUAUUUGACCAGGUGUAUACUUGGCCUAUCUGGGCGAUCGCGGUCGGAGUGCUUACCAGUGCGGGUCUACUGGUGGCAGUACUGUUGUUCCUGUAUUUCCUUGUGGCCUAUCCAGUUCGAGGUGGCACCACAAUUCUCGGCUUCAUGGUACUGCUUGGUGUUAUUGGUAUCUAUGCCAUCAACUUCGCCUUCUUCCUGCCUGCGUCUGAUGCCACCUGUGGAGCGAGACGCUUUAUGAUGGGCGUGGUUUACACCAUUGUGUUUGCGGCUUUACUUGUGAAAGCCCUGGACAACUGGCGCUACAGUGAUAUGGAAUACAGUGUCCGCAAAUAUAAGGGACUCACCAGUGCGUGCUCGCUUUUCUUGGUGGCACUCGGGAUUGUGGCCAUUGAGGCUAUCAUACCAAUUAUGUGGCUAAUCCUUGUACGCCCCACGGCCAGUUUCUACACGGAGGGAAUGGUGAUGAACGACUGGGCAUGGUGCGACCCACAUGACCUGUAUGACCGUGCUCUUGUCAUGUCUAUGAUUUUCGUCAUGUUCCUGGUGAUCGUGACGGGGAUUGUGGCCUCCCUGGCCUGGGACAGUGACAGUAAUUAUUACGAAUCUCGCUGGAUCUUUGUGUCCAGCGUGUGCACAGCAGGCUGUUUCCUCGUCUGGAUGAUCGUUUCCACCAAUGCAGGUCCACCGUUCCGGGAUCCCGCAGUUGCACUUGGAAACUGCAUUAAUGCCACAGCACUUCUCAUUUUUAUCCCCAUCAGGAAACUGGCCCUUCUCUGUUACCUUAAAAACGGUGAUGAGACAGACAAAGCUCAACACCUAGGUGAAGAACGUGUAGACGUAUAUUCUACGGUGUAUUCAAACCAAGGAUACGAAGGGGACAUGUUCCAGCCCGUCGAGUCCAAACACAGCUCUGACAUGGGCUAUGAUAACCACAACCUGUAAAUGAUGUGCAGCACUGCUGAGAAUUUGGAAUAUGAAGGGCCUUAAAAAGCAUGGAAGACUGCAUACUUAGUACCGCCACAUACCCUGCAUUGAUGGCCGGUAACCAUAGGAACCAAUCAAAUUGUCUUCACGUUACAAAAAAAUGAUGACGCCUAUCAAAACAUGGAUCUCUCUAUAUAUAAACUCUUUCAAGUUGAAAUGGCGCGUUGUUGUAAUGAAUUUUGGCAUAAAAAUGUUUUUUUACAAGAUCGGUGUCCAUAUGAAUAAGCUCCCAAGGCAAGGGAGAUAAUUUGGAGAGGGAGGAGGGGGGGGGGAGGGGCUUGUGUGGUAAAAUUCAUAUUAGAGAAAAUAUUGAAUCUUUCCAGCAUGACUUAUUUGAAUAUAUUACUGUAUGCUAUAUGCAGUUGGAUAACUUGCCACAUAGAUGGAGAGAAACAAAGAUAGAGACGGACCGUGUGAGUGAGAGAGCGUGUUAAUAAAAAGGCCUAUAUGAUAUAAAAGUUAUUUUGUACGAAUGAAGGACAAUGAACUCCAUAGGUAUAUAUGCAUAUAGAGUUAAAUUUUGAACCAACUUGUGAAGCUAAAUCAUUUACUGGACUUUCGUUGAAUCUCGGUGGUUAAAUCUCUUAUGAGCUCUAAAUUUACUGAAUCAAAAUUUCAGCCCAAAUAUUUUUUAGUGUAAAUUUUUUGUUACUUUCUCUUUUUGCCAUCCUGUGUGAUGUACAUACAUGGGAUCCUUUUUAAUCCUCACAGAUCCUUAUCAAAUCUUUAUCUUAAAAUCCAAGUUUAGUAAUCAUUAUACAUAAUUUGUCGUCAAAAUAUGACGAGGAAAGUUUGGCCCUAUAAAAUAGUUGCUAUUAAAGAGGAUAUUCGAAAUAUAUAAAAGUUUUUGUAACUUUGAUUUAUAAAGAAUAGGAAUUAUGUCUACGUUUUACUUUCAACAUGUUUGCUUAUAGAUCAUUUUUUCUUACAAAAUAUUUGCUUAUACAUGAUGUAUAGUAUUUACAGAAUUUAUCGUUAUUUUAUGGGACACAUUAGAGUGAUAUGUGAGAAGCGUGCAUUGUUAUACAUUGAUUUGACUCAAUGCCGAUGUUUAGACUUUGCUGUCUCGAAGUGGAAAUUCAUUUUAUGUGAAACUAAUGACAUUUUUGAAAAAGAGAAUCAUAUUUGACAUAACAAGUGCCCAGAAAGGUUUUUUUUUUAAACCAGGAAAAUAACAUAAGGGGACUGAUGAAAAAGGUUUUGUAUACAUUUAAAAUUAAAUUUGGGCUUUAUAUCCUAGCUUUGUGGCAACGUGACAAAGUUUUUAGUUUUUGAAGAUUUGAUGACAUUGAAAAGUUGUCUUCAAAAGAGGGUGAGAAACAUGGAUGUUAAAAUAAAUUUAGGUCAAAUAUUUGAGUGUCCAAGAACAUUUCUUUUGAAAACAAAUUCACACCUUUAACUCUUAAAGAAAUAUAUAUAAUAUGAUAAUGAUAUGCGAUUUCAGAUUGUCAAUUUUAGUUGCAAAAAUGUAUGUAAAGGAAUUUUUCAUGGAAAUAUUAAAAUCACAUAUAUUUUUAUUUUUUUUUGUGGAAUUUUCAUGAUUUUUUGGAGGACACUUACAGAAGAAGAGGCAAGUUUAUGUAAAUGUGUGUUCAUGAAUAUGUAUGAGGAUUAUGCAUAUGUAAAUUAGAUGUUUGUUCACAAUUAAGUAUAUGAAAGGGAAUUGUAUAUCCUAAUUAGUGCUGAUUUCUUUCAAUCUCCCAUUAAAGAAAAAGCGUUAAUGCAUUCCACAAGGAAAACAUAUCAUAUAUUCACUUUAAAAAUGUAUAUUUACAUUAAAAUAUUAUGCAUAAAAUGUGAUAUUUUUACAAAUAAACUUUUGUACUUACAAUUAAAAUUGUUAUUUCUUUGUUGUUGAAACUCUCAAUACUGAAACACGAAUUUGAUGUAAAGAGACUAUAUGACAAGGGAGAUAAUUUUUAAAUAACUGCUCAUAAUCCAAUGAAGACCUGGGCCCAUAUUCAUGAAACCGUUCUCAUGCUCAAGCAUAGCUUUUGUGCUCAUUGGUGAAUUGAUCACUUACAAUUGUUCAAAUUUGAUCGAAUUGAAACAGAUUUUUUAAUGACGGUAAAGGGUACCACUGCUUCAGAUAUUAUUAGACAGAGUUCUUCUCUAAAUCUUUUUAAAUAUAUUAAACUGUGGAAUGCUAGCUCAAUACUUUAUUGAUGUAAUAAUUAUGGUGCACCUUUUGGACAAAUCUGUAUCGUACUCAAUUCCUAUACUUUUAAAUCCCCAUACUCAAAGGUACACAAUAGUUUGAUAUUACAUUUCAAUGAUGGUCAUAUAAAGUAUUACUAUUUAUUGAUUCAUUGAUGCCAAAGCAUGUGUU